CAUUUGACAGAUGACAAAUGUUUAUUAUGAACCAUUAACAAGUUGUUUAUAUUGUUCAUAAAUUUUGUAUUGUCUAUUUAUUUGUAUUUGACCAUGUACAGUAAUUAUUAGCAUGGCGAAUCUCAAAGCCGGUGGGCCAACAAAUCGGAAGAAAGUCCAAGUAUCGAUGGUAAUAUGCGAAGCCGAAGAAAAAAAGCACCGGUCCGGCGUUAACGCCCUACAGUUUGAUGCAAGCCUUUCCCGUUUGUUUUCGGCCGGCCGUGACAGUAUUGUUAGAGUAUACGAGCAGGAACGAUACCUACAAAGUAUGGAGCAUCACACUGACUGGGUUAACGACAUUGUGCUUUGUUGUAAUGGAAGGAAUUUAAUAUCAGCCAGUUCAGAUACGACCGUUAAAGUUUGGAAUGCGCACAAAGGUUUCUGUAUGUCGACGCUUCGCACCCACAAAGACUACGUAAAGGCUUUGGCGUACGCAAAGGACCGUGAGCAGGUAGCAUCGGCUGGUCUCGAUAAGUCAAUUUACUUGUGGGAUGUGACCACCUUAACUGCACUUACAGCUAGUAAUAAUACAGUAACUACUUCUAGUCUGGUGGGAAAUAAGGAAUCUAUCUAUAGUUUAGCCAUGAAUCCCUCUGGUAGUGUGAUCGUUAGCGGGUCAACUGAGAAAGCUUUAAGAUUUUGGGAUCCUAGAACGUGCGCGAAAUUGUUUAAACUUAAAGGGCACACAGACAAUGUUAAAGCUCUAGUCGUAUCGAGGGACGCGACACAUUGCAUAUCUGGCAGUAGUGAUGGUUCA